CUAUCCAAUGCUUUGUUGUACAGAAGGGGUCGGUUGGGGGAAGGGCCGCGGCAGCCGUGUCUGACUAACUUGCAUAUGGCCAAGUCGAUGGAGGAUCGCUACAGCAGGACGCCAAGGGAAAAACCACAAGGCUUUUCUCUGGACUGAGACGCAUUAUCUCCAUCGCACGAUGAUAUAAUCAUCGAGAAAAGGGGGAAGACUUCAGGACAGCCGAAGUUGGGUCCAGAGAUGUGCGGGGCCGAGAUUGCAGCGUUACGACGUGUUGUUCUGCUUCUGUUGUGUCCGAGCGUGCCAGUUGCAUUUUGAGACGGUGUCCACUACAGGCCCAGGAGGCAGUAAAUUGUUCUAAAGGAAAAGGACAACAAACAAGGGAAAUGACCAUGGCUGGAGCCGCUGGCUUCUUCUCCAACGGACCUGUUCCAUGGACGGUCACCGACACAGAAAUGACCAACCUAUACCGAGAUUUGGAACUAGGGACCGUGCUGACAUUAUUUUAUUCUAAAAAGUCUCAACGCCCAGAGAGAAGGACGUUUCAAGUGAAGCUUGAGACCCGACAGAUUAUUUGGACAAGGGGCACAGACAAGAUUGAAGGCGAAAUCGAUAUCAGGGAGAUCAAGGAGAUCCGCCCCGGGCUGAAGUCACGCGACUUUGAGCGCUACAUGGAGGACUCGACCGCUCGACUCGACCACAAUCACUGCUUCGUUGUCCUCUAUGGGACUGAGUUCCGCCUCAAGUCCCUCAGCCUUGCAGCAACAUCAGAUGAGGAGAUGGCGAUGUGGGUGAAGGGCCUGACAUGGCUGGUGGCCGACACACUCAAGUCCCCCACUCCUCUGCAGAUAGAAAGGUGGUUACGGAAGCAGUUUUACUCCGUUGAUCGCAACAGGGAGGACAAGAUUUCCUGCAAAGACCUGAAAAACAUGCUGUGUCAGGUCAACUACAGAGUACCUAACAUGAGGUUCCUGCGAGAGAAACUCCCGGAUGGGGAGCUGAGAAACGGCGACGUCUCCUACUGUCAGUUUGCCCAACUCUAUCGCAGCCUCAUGUUUGAAGCCCAGAAAACAAUGGAGAUUCCUUUUCUGCAGAGGUACACAGAGCGGCCCGAGCAGAGGAUUACGCUGGAAGAAUUCAAGUCUUUUCUCCUGGAGUUCCAGAAGGAGAUGUGGGCCACUGAUAACAACAAGGUGCAGGAGUUCAUGUUCAGCUACCUGAAGGACCCUCUGAGGGAGAUCGAGCAGCCGUAUUUCUGCCAGGACGAAUUCCUCUCCUACCUGUUCUCCAGGGAGAACACCAUCUGGAACGACACGUGGGACCAGGUGCGACCCGAGGACAUGAACAACCCGCUGUCUCACUACUGGAUCUCCUCCUCUCACAACACCUACCUGACGGGAGACCAGUUCUCCAGUGAGUCAUCGCUGGAGGCUUACGCUCGCUGCCUGCGUAUGGGCUGCAGAUGCAUCGAGUUGGAUUGCUGGGACGGCCCGGAUGGAAUGCCUGUCAUCUACCAUGGUCACACCCUCACCACCAAGAUCAAGUUCAGCGAUGUCCUGGCGACAAUCAAAGAGCACGCCUUUGUCACCUCUGAGUAUCCCAUCAUCCUCUCCAUCGAGGACCACUGCAGUAUUGUCCAGCAGAGGAACAUGGCCACCUUCUUCAAGAAGGUGUUUGGAGAAAUGUUGCUAACCAAAGCAGUGGACAUCUCCGCUGACGGGCUGCCCUCGCCCAAUCAGCUGAAGAGGAAGAUCCUCAUCAAGCAUAAGAAGCUAGCCGAGGGAAGUUCCUACGAGGAAGUGUCCACUUCCACGCCCUACUCCGAGAACGACAUCAGUAAUUCCAUUAAGAAUGGCAUCUUGUAUCUCGAGGACCCAAUCAACCAUGAGUGGUACCCUCACUUCUUCGUCCUCACCAGUAGCAAGAUUUACUACUCGGAAGAAACGACAAGUAACCAGGGCAACGAUGACGAGGAGGAGCACAGAGAGGUGUGUAACGGCAUGGACCAGCAUGUAACUGAAAAAUGGUUCCAUGGGAAACUGGGCGCGGGGCGUGACGGUCGUCAGAUCGCCGAGCGGCUGCUCUCGGAGUACUGCGUGGAGACGGGCGCCCCCGACGGCUCCUUCUUAGUGCGCGAGAGCGAGACGUUCGUGGGAGACUACACCCUCUCCUUCUGGCGGUCCGGUCGGGUCCAGCACUGUCGGAUCCACUCGCGCCAGGAGGCGGGCAGCCCCAAGUUCUACCUGACGGACAAUCUGGUGUUCGACACGCUGUUCGCCCUUAUCACCCACUACCAGACGGUGGCGCUGCGCUGCAACGAGUUUGAGAUGAAGCUGACCGAGCCCGUGCCCCAGACCAACGCUCACGAGAGCAAAGAGUGGUACCAUGCCAACCUGUCCCGGAGCCAGGCUGAGAACAUGUUGAUGCGGGUGCCACGGGACGGGGCCUUCCUGGUCAGGAAGAGGGCAGAGUUCAGCUCCUACGCCAUCUCCUUCCGAGCGGAGGGAAAGAUCAAGCACUGUCGGGUGCAGCAGGAGGGCCAGACCGUGGUCCUGGGCACGUCUGAGUUCGACAGCCUGGUGGACCUGAUCAGCUACUAUGAGAAGCACCCGCUGUACCGCAAGAUGAAGCUGCGCUACCCCAUCAACGAGGAGACGCUGGAGAAGAUUGGCACUGCUGAGCCUGACUAUGGGUCUCUGUAUGAGGGCCGGAACCCCGGGUUCUAUGUGGAAGCCAACCAGAUGCCUACAUUUAAGUGCACAGUGAAAGCCAUGUAUGAGUACAAGGCCCAGAGAGACGACGAGCUCUCGUUCAGUAAGAACUCCAUCAUCUCUAACGUGGACAAGCAGGAGGGCGGAUGGUGGAAAGGUGACUUUGGAGGCAAGAAGCAGCUUUGGUUCCCAGCCAACUACGUGGAGGAGAUCAGCCCUACUGCUGUGGAGCCCGACAGAACUCAACUGACAGAGAACAGCCCUCUGGGAGAUCUCUUGAGAGGAAGUGUGGAAGUGUCUUCCUGUCAGAUAGUGGUUCGCACGGAGGGGAAGGGCAGUCGGCCGUUUGUCUUCUCGCUGGUGUCGUCCGCCACGCCGCGGGCGCCCGUGCUCGACAUCGCCGCCAGCUCCCAGGAGGAGCUCAAGGACUGGGUCAUCAAGAUCCGUGAGGUCACCAUGACCUCUGAGGCUAAGCUGGAGGAAGGGAAGAUUAUGGAGAGGAGGAAGAAGAUCGCCCUGGAGCUCUCGGACCUGGUCAUCUACUGCCGGCCAGUUCCUUUCGACGAGGAUAAGAUCGGAACAGAGCGUGCAUGUUUCCGGGACAUGUCCUCCUUCCCAGAGACCAAAGCGGAGAAGUACGUGAACCGGAUCAAGGGCAAAAAGUUCCUGCAGUACAACCGGCUCCAGCUGUCGCGGAUCUACCCCAAGGGCCAGCGCCUGGACUCCUCCAACUACGACCCCUUACCCAUGUGGCUGUGUGGGAGCCAGCUGGUGGCUCUCAACUUCCAGACUGCAGAUAAGCCCAUGCAGAUGAACCAGGCCCUGUUCAUGCUCAACGGCAAGAGUGGCUAUGUCCUGCAGCCGCCCAUCAUGAGGGACGACAGCUUCGACCCGUUCGACCGCAACUCUCUCAGGGGCAUGGAGGCCAUCACUCUGGUCAUCGAGGUGUUGGGGGCACGUCACCUACCCAAACAUGGCAGGGGCAUCGUGUGUCCGCUAAUCGAGAUUGAGGUGUGUGCCGCAGAUUACGACAGUGCCAAGCUGAAGACUGACUCAGAAGCUGACAACGGCCUCAACCCGACCUGGCCACGCAAGUCCUUCCGCUUCAGCGUCUGCAACCCUGCGUUCGCCUUCCUGCGCUUCGGCGUGUACGAGAUCGACAUGUUCAGCGACCAGAACUUCCUCGCCCAGGCCACCUUCCCCAUCAAUGGCCUCCAGACAGGCUACAGGUCGGUCCCCCUGAAGAACAGCUACAAUGAGGAUCUGGAGCUGGCGUCUCUGCUUGUUCACAUGGAGAUCGUCAGAGGAAGGACCCAUGAGAAUGGGGAGACCAGUCCGUUCCUGACGCCCUCGUCCGUGGGGCUGGGCAGCUAUGUGGGCCGUGAGCGGAUGGGCGAGUCCGGCUCCGUGUCUUCGGCCUCCUCCAUGUCACCUCUGCCGUCGUCCCCUGGCCAGGCGCUGGGCUACCGGGCCCGAGAGAACUCUUUCGAGGCGCGCUACCAGCCCCCACUGGACGAAUUCAGAGUGUCCCCGCAAGACGCGCUGCUAGACCAUGUGGACCCACAGAACCGGAGGCCGAUGCGGAGGACCCGAGUGGGCGGGGAGAAUCGGGUCUAGACGGAACGACGACGUCGAUGAGACGCCCCCCAGAUGCCGUCCUGGGCGCUCUCUCACCCUCUCUCGCUCAACUCGCUCGCUCUCUCUCUCCGCCGGUGCCGACAAAUGUCACGGACUGCUGUGAAAAUUGUUUCUAUGGAAACGUUGCCAGUGCUUUUGGCCCACAUUUCAGGCAGAUCUUCCUCCGUGUGUGCGCUCCCACUCUCUUCCUGCCUUCUCUCUCCAGCCAAUCAGCACCAGCCCCCCCCCCCCCCCCCACACACACACACACACACACACACACACACACACACACACACACACACACACACACACACACACACACACACCCUUCCAUUGGACAGACGGUGUGGCUGGAGGUAGGAGCAGAUGGAAGCGUGGAGCCAACGGUCGUGGAAAGUACAAACUGAUCAAGCCAGAGUGGAGUCGUUGCCUGAACGGAGGACCAUGAGGAGUGAUGGAAACGCAGCUCUGUGUGUGUGUGUGUGUUUUUGUGUUCAUGCGGGGGUCAAGGCAACAAGCAAGAAGUCACUGGUAUCAGUUUGAAACUGUUUCCCCGAGUUUGGGUUAAGUAUUUGGGCUUUGUUUUAUUUUUAAUUUUUUCCUUUUCUCUGGCAUAUAUAAGUAUAUAUAGAUUUCUAUAUAAAUAUAUAUUUAUUUCAGCUUUGCUGUCUACCAGAGAACAGACAUAGCUGACCUGCUCUCAAAGAGCUUUUUUAAAUUUUUUUUAUUGAUUCUUUUUUGUGCUAUUUAAACCUUAGUUUUAACCUCUCAUAAUGUGACACCUUUUUGUUUUUAAACUUUUGAGACCAUGUGUAAAACACAAGGGCUUGGCUUUGCCCUUUUUAAACACGACACACACUCUCUCCCUCCUCCCUCUUUCUUUCUGGUGAGAGACAGUAGCGUCCGGCCUGUCGAUAAACAUGCAUUAGUGCUGUUUUUUUUUCCUCUUUUCUUUUUCCUUUGGGGGGGGGGGGGGUGAGGGGAACCGGAGUGGCCAUCUGAAAAGAAGCUCAGGAAGAGGCCACUGCCUGUUUGUGUUGGACCCCAGUGGCUUCAGGAAGAAACAGGAGAGCGCAAGGACUCUGGCAUCGGCUUCUCUUCUCAUUCCCACCUCCCACGCGAGCAGAAUCUCCAUGUUUUUCCUCGUUUUUUGUUUUGUUUGCAUUGUGUU